CUCAAUCAGUCCUUACUUUAUACAUCUUUACAUUAUUUACAUUACUGACUUACUGUCUUGUAGGAUCAGCAGAGGGCAGCACCAACACUCACCGGCUACCUUCCCCAGCAACUCCUCUCAGUAAGGAUGAUUGUGACUAGGAUUAUCCCUGAAGCCCGGACCCUACAGACAGUCCUCCGCCGCAACUAUGGAGUAUCAGCUGUCCUGAUGAAGAAGGUGGCUGACCCCAUCCAGCAGCUCUUUGUUGACAAAAUUCAUGAGUACAACCAGAAGAGCAAGACUGCUGGAGGGAAGCUGGUGGAUGCCACACCUGCCAUUGAGAAACAGAUGCAGCAGGAAUUGGACAAAGUCGCUCGGCAAUACGGAGGUGGAGAAGGGGUUGACAUGACUAAGUUUCCCAAUUUCAAAUUUGAAGAUCCAAAGGUGGAUAUGUCCUGAGCUGUCAAGACCAUUCUCAUUGCUUGUAAAAAGUGUAUUUUUACCAUUAAAAUGGCAUCACAUAAAAGAUGUAUAUGUAUUAAAUAAAAUAGAAUAGACA